AUGCGCCUCGUCUAUGACUCCGCCCUCAAAGACUACCGGAACCUAUCUGGUGUCGAGACGCAUGUGCCAGACUUCGGCUCCGCCCAUGGAUUCACCUCAAAGAACCUCGAUUCGAGCCAUAAGGGAUUUUGCAUGACAAGGGUCCUCGAAGAGCUUGAGUUGCUUGGGUAUCGUGAUGGAGAUACCCUUUUCGGAGCUCCCUAUGACCCACAGCAUGCUCCGCCACUGCCAGGCCAGCCAUGUCCAGUGUUCUCGGACUACUUUGCCCGUUUCAAGGUUCUGGUGGAGCACGCAAGCGAGAAGAACCAGGACAAACUGGUCAUCCUCAUCGCACACAGCUUUGGUGGCAUGGCCACCCUCAAGUUCAUUAACUGGACUCCCAUAACAUGGAGGAAGAAACUCAUCAAGCACCUGGUCCUCAUAUUGCCCGCACUUCCAGGAGGCUUUAUGGAGGCGCUCACGAACCUCGCCUCAGGACCGAAACCCCUUGUUGUCCCGACAAUUCCGCGCUUGAGUUUGCGGCCAAUGUGGAGAACCUUCGCGAGUGCCCUUUUAUUCCUCCCAUCUUCCCCGGUUUUUGGUCACAGGCCGCUCGUGAUCACCAAAAACAAGAACUACUCGGCGUAUGACUACAAGGACUUCCUUACGGCAAUCGGUUUGAACACCGAGGUCAUGCAACGAGUGCUUUCGACGAAGCUGAGAGUUGAUGCACCGAUGGUGCUAAUAACAUACCUCAACGGCGUCGGCGUGCAAACGCCGGAGCAGGCAGUAUACUGGGAUGGUAACUUCGAUGUGGCUUCCAAGAAUGUAUAUGGCGAUGGAGACGGGGUUAUGAAUUUGGUUAGUGUUCUUGCUCUCGUGAAUGAUUUGCAUAGACAACAACAUGCUAACAUACACUGUAAGUUCAUCAAGAUUGUUAAUGCUACACACUCUGACAUUGUUGUUCAGGAGCAUUCGCUCAAGAAGAUCAUAUGUCAAUGUGGAAUAUUAUCAACAUAUUGUAAAGAUUUCCUAAAGGAAGACUUUUCGGCUGUUAUCGACAAGGUUGGGCCAUCUCCGGUAUGGGAGGGAUGA